AUGUCUGUCCGUAUUAUAAUCAAAAUAUUUUUAACAUUACAAUUAUUAUUGCUCAUUUUUCGUCAAAUGAUUGAUUUUGCCGGCAUACAAUGGCUAAUGAUAUUGGUGAAUGCAUUGGCUAUUAUAAUAACAAUAACUGGAUUUUUUGGCCAUCUACUAAUAUAUGCAUCAUUUCAAAUAUUUUUGAUUAUCUAUAAUAUCUAUGUGAUUUGUGUUUAUGCACGUUUUAUAACAUUGGAUACAAUAACCGAUACAUUCGGUACUGGUGAUAUGUCAUCAUUAUCAUUAUCAUCAGCAACAACGACAACAAAUCUAUAUAAAUCAAUUAUCGAUGAUCAUCAAUCAAACUAUCCAAUUGUACAUACAUCACCAUUAUUACCAUCAACACAAUUAUUAUCAUUUGAUAUAAAUUCUCGUUCAUUUUGGUAUAUAAUUGUUUCCAAUCAUAUAUCAAAUAUUCAGGCACAUUUAAAUCAUUAUAAUCAACAACAACAACAACAAAAUUAUAAACAACCACAAUCUUCACCUAUAAUUAAACAUUUAUUAUCAUCGACAACUGAAAAUCAAAUUCCAUCAACGACGACGACUACGACGACAACAACGAAUCAUCAUCAUCAUCAUCAUCAUCGUCAUCCAUUAGAUGAAUCAUUAGUUGAUCUAUGUGUUCAAUAUAUUGAAAUUGCCAUUGCUUCUUUACAUAUUUUCAUUUCAAUUUUAGCAAUUGGAUUAAUUUUAUUGAAAUAUAAACUUGAAAGGGAUAAAUUUUUACGUAAUAAUGAUAAAACUACACCUCCAUUGCCACCAUAUACCAUUAAUCCACAAAUGAAUCAUUAUAUGAGCUUUACACCAACAACAAUAACUACAACAAAAAGUUCAUUAUAUAAUCAGAAAACAAAUUCAGUACGACGAUCAUCAAAACGUCGCCGUAGUACACGUAGUCUUCAUACACAAAAAUCUAAAUCCAAUUCAUUAGGUGCAUUGAACAAUAUACGUGCCAAUAGUAGUGGAUCAUUACGUUCAACAAUAUCUAAACAUGGCCAUCAUCGUAAAAGUGCAACAUCAUUAUUGAUGAUGAACAAUAAUAAUAAUAAUGUUGCCGAUGCAUCAUUCAUUUCAUCUAAUAAUACUACAAUUGGUUCACGUUCAGGUGCCAAAAGUUCACAUUCAAAUUAUGGCCAAAUUAUCAACAAUAAUAAUAAUAAUAAUAAUAAUGGACUUUAUGGUACAAUUAUUAGUACACCGGUCAAUAAACCUACUGUACCAUUACGUAAUCAACAACGUCAACAUCAAAAUCUACAAAACCAACAACAAUAUUCCUAUCGACAUUCAAUCUAUGGUGGUGGUUGUGGUGGUGGUGGUCAACAAAAUAGUAUUAGUAGUGUUGGCCAAUCAAAUUAUGGUCCAAAAUUUGUUACAUCCGAUUCUGAAACUGAUAAUUAUUAUCAUACAUUCACACCGGCCUAUCUAAAUAAUGGUCUUGCUAAUCCAUUGUAUGGUAAACGUAAUUCAUAUAUGGAUUCAUCCGAAACUGCCAUCUAAUAUAUUUAUUUGAUAGUGUGAAUGUUUUUUUUUUGCCCACUUACCAUAAAAAAAAUUGACUUCAAAUCAAUCAAUUCUUUUUUAAAAAAAUCGAUCUCAAACACUAUUCUUUGUACAUAGAAUUAAUUUAUUUUUUUCUACUUUUUUUUUACACACAUUCUUUUCCUUGUACUGACAUCUAUCGUCAUUGAAAUGGAAACUUGAAAAAAUUUAAAAU